CGGUGGUCAUGUGGUAUAAGGUUUGGGUAGAGGAUGGAAAGGGAACGGUGACACUGAAAGCGCAUUACACUUGAACUGUGCAAGACGUUUUUAUUUGGGAUGUCUUCUCCGCCGAAGGAUAAAACUGAAACCAAAGCUGGACACCAUGCUGCAGUAAAAGCAGGAGGGAUGCGUAUUGUACAGAAGCACCAUCUGAGUGGGGACCAGAAUCACGAGAAGGACAAAGACAGUAAAGAACUGGAAAGCAGCAGCCCACCGAAGCCGAUUCUUGUCAUAUCUGGAGCUGUAACUCGGGGUGACAAGGACUUUCCUUCUGCAGCCUCCCAGGUGGCACACCUCAAACCUCAGCCCAGCGUGCAGAAGCUGCCCCCUCCACACCACAUCAACCAGCACAUCCACCAGCCCCGCAAGUGAUCCCAGGACAGCCCAACCACAUCCCACCGUCAGGAGGCCUCGCUGCUGUACCACAAAGGAAGACUUAUCUCGCCAGUCAUGGGUUUUUAAAUGUUCUUUUAAAGAGUUACUCCUUUAUAACUUUGUGUGUGUGUGUGUGUGUGUACGUGUCCACAUACAUGCACUGUGUAAGCAGUCGUAUUAAUUUGUACUGGCAAGAUCUCUGUCUGUUUGACAUGAGCAGGUGGCCUGUGGUAUUUCAACAUUUAUUGCACCGCUAAUGUAAAACGACCAUAUCUGUUGGCCAGUCAUAAAAGGAGUGUUUUUUUUUUUUUUUUUUAGCAGCUGCCUCUGGCGAUGGUUCCAGUUGGAUUUGUAGCUGGA